ACACGCGCGGCGGCCGGGGUCGCGGCAGGUGCACUGCCCGCGCCGCUUUUCCAGCUUCCCUCUCGCGCCGCGGGGCGCCCCUUCCCCUGGAGACGAGCCCCCGUCUCCCCUCCUUCCCGUGCCGGCCGUGAUGUCAGCGCGGGGGGCGUGCAGGGGGGGAGCCUACACGGCAUAUAGAGGGAGCGCCCUUGAACCUCCCAUUACCCAGCUCCCGGCAGCCGUCCCUGCGCAGGCAGCCGGCGGGGAGCCAGGCCGCGGGUUUGCGGAAGCGUCUGACUAGCGAGAGCCGGGUCUAGUGUGCGGCUCCUCCAGGCUGCCAGGAGAUGAGUGGCAGGAGGCAGUGCAGAUCCUGCGCCAGGGCAGGGCUUGGCCCCUUGAAUGCCAGCCUGGGGUCCUAGUGCACAUGGCUCCGCGGCGGGAGGAAUAAAGCAGCGGAUCGGGGCACGCUGCGGGACUUCGUGCCGUCUCUUUGUUACCGCUGUUUCCCCUCAGCGUUAUGGGCGGAGGUUUUGUGCAAUGAAUGUUGCCUCCAGAGCUUUUCUCCCAGCGAAUAUGGGCACAGCUGUAUCCAAAAGGAAGACUCUGAGGAAUGAUGCUAUGUCUUCUGUAGCAGCUAAAGUCAGGGCAGCAAGGGCUUUUGGAGAGUAUCUUUCACAAAACCACCCUGAGGGCAGAAACGGCUCAGAUCACCUGUUAGCGGACUCCUAUGAAGACUCCCCUGAGAUGCAGCAGGCAGCUCAGAACAAGCGCAGGCUGUCUGUCAUCUCAGAUGGCAAGUUUGAGAGGAGCUUCUCUGAGGAGCAGGCCGAGAAGAUUCCGAGUGAGGGGCCGAAGGCACGGGUGUAUACUAUCUCUGGUGAGAGGCCGAUGCUGUCGGACCCUGAGAACGAGAGCAUGGAACUGAUGGUGAUGAAAGGCACCGGUCGAGAGGACUGCCAUCAUGGCCAGCCCCUGCAGAGCGCUGGCAGCUCUCACAACAUUAGCAGGCAUUGCAAAGGCUGGGCAGGCAGUCGGCAGGGCUCCAAGGACUGCCCAGCCUGUGCUCGGUUGGCAGCCCACUCCCAGCACUCCUUUGACCUGGAGCAGCACCAGCCCAGCGAGACAGGAUGGCGUCGGAAAAAGCUGGAGAGGAUGUAUAGUAUUGAUCGAGUGUCUGGUGAUGUUCCCAUACGGACCUGGUUCCCCAAGGAGAACCUCUUCAGUUUUCAAACUGCUACUACAACUGUGCAAGCGAAUUUUCGGAAGCAUUUGCGCAUGGUGGGGAGCCGCCGGGUGAAAGCACAAACAUUUGGUGAGCGGCGAGAGAGAAGCUUCAGCAGGUCUUGGAGUGACCCAACUCCCAUCAAAGCUGAUUCCUUCCAUGACUCUCGAGAAAGCCAUGAUCUUCAGGACUACUGCUGUGCUCUGGAUGAUGACUUUGACUUGAACUGGGAAACAGAGAAGGAACUUGAAGCUAUGGCGUGUGAUGGAGAUGACUUUAUUCCACCAAAAAUAAUGCUUAUUUCUUCCAAGGUCCCCAAAGCUGAGUACAUCCCGACGAUUAUCCGCAGGGAUGACCCCUCCAUCAUCCCCAUUCUCUACGAUCACGAACAUGCCACCUUUGAAGAUAUUCUAGAGGAAAUAGAGAAGAAGCUGAACAUUUAUCGGAAAGGCUGCAAGAUUUGGAAAAUGUUGAUUUUCUGUCAGGGAGGUCCUGGCCACUUAUAUUUGUUGAAGAAUAAAGUUGCCACCUUUGCCAAAGUGGAGAAGGAGGAAGAUAUGAUCCUCUUCUGGAAGCGGCUGAGCCGAUUGAUGAGCAAAAUCAACCCUGAGCCAAAUGUCAUUCACAUCAUGGGCUGCUAUGUUCUGGGAAACCCCAAUGGGGAGAAGCUAUUUCAGAAUCUGAAAAACCUAAUGACUCCUUAUAGGGUUGUCUUUGAGUCGCCACUGGAACUUUCAGCUCAAGGGAAGCAAAUGAUUGAAACUUACUUUGACUUCCGCCUUUACCGCCUCUGGAAGACUCGCCAGCAUUCCAAACUGUUGGAUUACGAUGACAUUUUAUGAGCUGGAGAAGCCAUCGCACGAGGAGGGCGAUCACCAGUGUCUCACAAGUCAUGCUUGUGGCAGAGACUUUUUUCAUUGGCACGGGGAGCCCUGCAGGAGGCAGCAGUGCCGAAGAGAUGGAAGAAAGGGCUGUCAGGACAAAAGGCUUUUGGGUAAAGACAGAGACUUGAAGGGGAAUGAUGUGACUCCACAGACACUGCCCGCAGAGCCUUUGUCUCUCAGAGGGAGCUGUGUCAAAUGGGAAAUUUCCUUGCAGGACUGAGCUGUUUCAGGUCAUGAUGGGCCAGAAUCAAUUCCCGGUCCUUUUAAAGACAUUUAAAGCUCAGGUUUUCUUAUAAAAAAUUUAAAUAAAUAAUCCUUGCACUAUAGUAAAGCAGUGACUUGAAGCCCAGAGCAGGAAGGGCAUUGUACUGACGGGUGCACCCCAGCGGCUCUCUUUGCUGUGCUAGGGAUGUUGGAAGGCAAGGAACGCCAUACUUAAUCCUGCAAGCUUUGACAGGCAAGGUUCAGCAACCUAAUGUCAAUACACAUUGAAGUACAGAAUUAAAGUUUAACGUAUUUUGGUUUAAUAGAAAAUAAGUGCAAUUUUUAUACACAGAGGGGAAAACCCUCCCAAUAUUUAAUUAGUUACAAAUAACACAUCAAUAAUCAAUAGAUGAGGUAUUUUUUAGUCUGCUUGAAAAUAUAUUCGAAAUCGUAAUAUAUCUUCUGUAGACAUAUUUAAUCACCAGCAAUAUGAUUUUAAUGUUACUUAGCAGACCCUGCAUGUCUGCUGCAUUGAUCAAUCCUGUUUGGUUUUAGUUUUAUUUUUAAUUUCAGAGUAGUUGUGUUACACUAAUUGUAUGUGCUCUUAUGAAUGUAUGUUGCCCCUCCAAUUAGACACAACUUUGUUACUUUUUCUCUGCUACUUGCAAAACUGUAUGGUUUUAGUUUUGCUGUAAGUUUAGGUUAGAAAUACAGUACAUGACUGAGUGGAAUCUUCAUCAGUUUCAUUAAGAUAUAACAAUGAAGUAGAAAUUAAUAGCUAUGGUAAUUGUUCACUCAGUAUAUUGUUACAUUUUAGAAAGAUGAGCUCUUCUUGCAGACUGCAGGAUGGAAUAGAAGAUUAUUUGAGAAUGAGAAAUCCUCCGAGGGGGUUUAGGUGUUUGAAUUAAUAGAAUGAAAUGUUUCUUGAAGUAUGUAGCACUGGUGAGUAGCAUUUUGAAUCUUUCCCACAUUCACCUAGCUGCCAGUUGUUGACUUGCAAACCACAGUUUUCUCCAGCAAUCUAUUGAGCCAUUUGUAGUUCUCAGCUUUCCCCUCCAAAUCAUUUUUGUCUGAGACACACAGCUUAUAUAGCUCUCAUCUGUGAGUAACUAUGGUUUUCAAAUCUGGAUUUGUGCUGAAUAUCUUUAAGGAUAUACUGUGGAAUUUAUUGACUUUUUUUUUUAGUCUUCUAGUCUCCUGAAUGUCUAGGGGCUAAAUAUUACUGUAGUCUGCACAGGUCACCCUGGCCAUUUGGGGCAAUUAUAUCCUUUCUCUUUCAGAGAGGUAAAAUAUACAGGAGAAUAACCAUAGAGGGUUAGCUUGGGCUCCUGAUAUGUUCUUUUGUAAAAGUACCUGGCUGUGCAGUGCAGAAAAAAAAAUGUAUAAACCUUUUGAGUCGUAAAAAAAAAAGAACAUUAAUUCUGAUCUGUGGAAAAUCCCCUUUCUCUUUCUUGCCCCAUGUGUUGUUUUAAUACCGGGGAGCAGGCCACUGGCUAAAACUGCUGACCCAUGUACAUUAAUGACCUUUAUGUCAAAUCUUUAUGAAAUAAUCCACGUACAGUAAGUAGUGGGGGAGAGGGAGACAGUUUCCGAUCAUUAGAAAUCACCAUGACGAACCAAAUAGUUCAUCAAUAUCUGCUUGCGAAUGACAUGGCCCCAGUGCAGCCAGCUGUCGAGAAAGGUGAGCACAUUGCUCUGCCUCUCCAGGCGGCCACCAGGAUGCUCUGAUGGAUGCUGGUCAUUGGGGGCGCAAUUCUUCUUCUAGUUGAUUUAUGCUCAGAUUUGCAGACUGAAAGGGUUCUUGGCAUCACCAUAAGUGGUUUUGGAAGAAAAUGUCAUAGCAGAUUUGUUUAAAGCUAUAUGUCACUGAACUAACAUUUGGCAUGUUAAUAUCUCUCUGCUCCUCAGGAGGAGGUGGGAGUUGGAUAUUCUGUGACAGCCUAGAAAUGAAAUGACAGUGACAACAUUAAGAUGUUGACGCAAAAACACAUCCAUAUUUGACUCUGUCACUUUCCAGUUUGCUUGCGUGAUUUGGGUUGUUGCUUACAAUGUUAAGUGAAGAAUGAUAAAAUGCUCUCUCGUCUCAAGUAAAGCCCCACUUCAGUGAAUGUGGUAGCAUAAAUGUAGCAUUGUGGAAACUAUUGAAAAUACUAUGUGACUCUGAAAGGGCCUUUAAUAUAUACACUUUGAUCAUUUAUCUGUAUAACUAUUGUAUAUCUAUUAUGAUUGAGCACUUCUAGAACUAGAGUUGCAGUAGAAAGGUAGAUUGUACAGUUGCAUAACCUAUCCUAUAUGGAGAUGUAAGUUUGAAUGAAUGUUUCAGACUGAUUUACUGGUUCAAUUGACUGUAUAGUAUAGUAUAGUAUAUUGAAAAUAAUGAAUGCAUUUCUCUCGUUUCCAAAGAUCUAUCCCAUGUAGUUUUAUGGCAUUAUGACAUGAGCAGAUUCUUGUAUUUGCAGUGAUCAUUUGACUAAAGGGAUGAAAAAAUGUUCUAAAAGCUAUAAUUGGGAGGACACUAUGGGGAUUUUAUACCUCCUGCCUAUCAACCAUUUAAAGUCUUUUGUGCUAAUAUCACUUUGGAAGUUAAUUUUGAAAGGAAGAAAUUGUGUUUUCAUCCACUCCUAGCUGGCUAAGAACAUAAGAAAGGCCAUACUGGGUCAGACCAAAGGUCCAUCCAGCCCAGUGUCCUGUCUGCCGACAGUGGCCAAUGCCAGGUGCCCCUGAGGGAGUGAACCGAACAGAUAAUGAUCUAGUGAUCUCUCUCCUGCCAUCUAUCUCCACCCUCUGGCAAACAGAGACUAGGGACACCAUUCCUUACCAAUCCUGGCUAAUAGCCAUUAAUGGACUUAACCUCCAUGAAUUUAUCCAGUUCUCUUUUAAACCCUGUUAAAGUCCUAGCCUUCAGACUUCAGACUGGCUGAUCCUUUAGAAUGACUGGUGGAACAGGAAGGAGUCAGCAGGAAAUAGGAUGCAGAAAAACUUUGUCGCUAUUUAGGCCUUAGAGGAAAACAUAGAUAAUGUGACAUCUUCCAUUGGAAUCAACAUGUCAGCAGUUGCACACAAUGGGGCCUGCAUUCACCAGUCAGUAUAUCGUAUGCACACAAGGCGAAAUCCACCCUAUGCAGGGGGCCAGCUUCAGUUCUGUGCACCACUUCAAGCCCACCUAAGCUCUAUGGAAUGGGCUUUGGGUAGUGCAUAGGCCAUGUAUUGGCAUGCUCUGUUGUGUACCCAUUGCAGCACGAUGAGAUACCAGAGGUAUGUUUACUGACUUAUGUGCACAUCCUAAAGUGUGUCAUUGCACCUAUAAAAUGGUUCUUUUCAGUUUACAUUUUUUUUAGCUAUAAAUCUGUAUUAAGCCAUGCACUCUGUUCCCCAAAUCGGUCCCCUUUCUAACAGUACUCUUAUUUAUAAUUGCUAUUUGAAACUUUUCGUGGAGCCCACUUCUAAUAAAUAUAGUUGUAGUGCAACUCUGUUUAUAGUGGACUCAGGGGAAAGUCCCUAAUUGCUUAGCUACUUUUCAUUUGGCUGUCGGCCCUUAAGAGCUCUGUGUGCAGCAAGCUUUUCGUGAAGAUUUCCCACCGAAGGGAGUGUGCUAGUAGAGACCCAAUCACAGGGAUUUUAACACCUGUUUUGUCUAGACCUGCUGUGAUCAGGGGCUGGAUGAAACAGUGGUAAAAUGCCAGCAUCCAGGUUAUUCUGGUCCUUGUUCUGUGGAAGUGCACCUGGGCUAGUGCAGUGGUUGGACAUUUUAACAAAGAUCGCACACCGGCGUGUGGUAGACACAGUUUAUUGAGAAACAUCACUCCACUCUAGUGAGUGUGUGUGCAUCCAGCAGUUAUCAGUUCCCAUGUAAAUGUUCAGUACAGCUUUCUAAUGGGAUUGUCAUCUCCCCCUCCUCCUCUGCUCUGGCUGAGCAGGAGAAAAGUUUGUUGGGCCCUGGAUGGAGAAGUAGGGAGGAGUCUUGUAGAAGCUGCUUCCAAGAGAAAACUAGGGCUUUGUCGACACUAACGCUUUUGUCAGUCAAACUUUUGUCAGUCAGAGGUGUGAACCCCCCUUCCCUCCCCGUCCGGUAUCAGUUUCACCAACAGAAGUGCCAGUGUGGACAGUGCUCUGUUGGCAGGAGACGCUCUCCCGCUGGCGUAGCUACUGCUGCUCGUUGGGGCGGUGUAAUGAUCCUGGCGGGAGAGCGGCUCCAUGGGAAGCCUUACGGGGCACCGCUGCAGCGGUACAGUCUGUAGUGUAGACAAAGCCCAAGAUAUGGGUUUCCAUAGAAAGCCACCCCACUUCCACUGCAGCUACCAGCCCCCACUCAUGGGGCGGGGAGGGGGGUUGGCAGGCAGGCCCUCUCUCAUUACAGUGCAACUCCACUUACAGUGACGCUUGUGUGUGGGAAACCGACCAACUACCCGCCCUGCUGCCACAUGAGGGUUCCCCUGCGCAUGAACAGGAGAGCCCACCGAACUCUCCUCUCCCCCACCCCUACCCAGGGACCUCAGGAGUAGUUUGAGCCACAUCCCCUGCAGUCUGCACUCAGCCCAGCUUUGCCUCCAAGGGCUGCUGCUUCCCUGGGCGAGACUCCAGGAACGAGUGAAUUCUUCUGGCUCAGCUCAGCCUGGGUCUCCCCUCUUGCUUGUUUGGGGCUUGUCUGAACCCAGUUCUGCCUCCUGUGAUGCUCCUUG